UCGGGUCACGGUCACUGAGUUUAGGCGUGUGUGUCCCAUCCUGCUCACAAGUCUGGAGACCGGAUGACUCGAACCUUCGACACAACCUGUGCACGACGUGUUCCUGUAAAGCCGUUGGGGGAAAAUCCUAAAAUAAAGAAAACAAUCUGACGAAACAGUGACUGCAAACAGGAACACUACAGCCUCUCAUCCACCAGGUGGUGCAGUUGUGCCACAGCGGCACGGAAACAGACGAAGAAGCAGAUUGUCGCUAUUAGCUUUGUUUGCAACUUUACCAAAUAAACAGUGAAAGUCAGACGCAUCCGCAAGUCUCAGCGUUGGGUAUUUUCAGAAGGUGAUGGGCUUAUAGGAAAGAGAUGCAAAGAUGUCAGCGGACACAAAGAUCGCAGAGCUGCUCACCGAACUGCACCAGCUCAUCAAGCAGACUCAGGAGGAACGCUCCCGCAGUGAACACAACCUGCUAAAUGUUCAGAAGACACACGAGAGGAUGCAGACAGAGAACAAAACUUCUCCGUACUACCGCACCAAGCUGAGGGGACUGUACACCACCGCCAAAGCAGACGCAGAGGCCGAGUGCGGGAUCCUGCGACACUCCCUGGACAAGAUCGCUGAGAUCAAGUCUCUGCUGGAGGAGCGCCGCAUCGCUGCGAAGAUGGCGGGCGUCUACAGCGACAGCGACCCCCCUCGGAAGACCAUGAGACGUGGUGUUCUGAUGACGCUGUUGCAACAGUCGGCUAUGACUCUUCCUCUGUGGAUCGGCAAACCUGGAGAGAGCCCUCCUCCUCUGUGCGGAGCGACGCCUGCAAGCGGCGACUACGUGGCCAAGCAGGGUGACAAGGUGGCGGCACGGGUGAAGGCGGUGGACGGCGAUGAGCAGUGGAUCCUGGCCGAGGUGGUCAGCUACAGCCAUGCCACCAACAAGUAUGAGGUGGAUGACAUCGACGAGGAAGGCAAAGAGAGACACACACUGAGCAGACGCAGGAUUAUCCCUCUUCCCCAGUGGAAGGCAAACCCAGAGACCGACCCAGAAUCUCUGUUCAGUAAAGACCAGCUGGUUCUGGCUCUGUACCCCCAGACGACCUGCUUCUACCGAGCGCUCAUACACACUCCCCCCAAUCGGCCACAGGACGACUACUCGGUGUUGUUCGAGGACACUUCGUACGCUGACGGUUACUCUCCGCCUCUCAACGUGGCGCAGCGCUAUGUCGUUGCCUGCAAAGAGAACAAGAAGAAGUGAAGGUGGAAGAGGAGACAUGUCGACCGGAACUGCUGUGUGGUGUGAAAUAAAAGUAUUCAGAUGAAGUGUCAACAAGUGAAUUAGUAAAACUGGAGUCUCAAAGUUCACCACCUGAAGAACGACAGGCUCUGGAGCGUUGGCCAUUUUCAUAUUUAUAUUGUUACGUGAAAGAAAAGUGUGUUUUCAGCUGGAGACCACCAUCUUGAAUAAAAUGUUC